CCUCCGUGUUCGAGACAAAGGAAGCUUUCCAAUCCGGCAGCGUGUUCUGGUCACCAACCCGAUUCGACUCGUUGUCAUGUCAAUCAUCUCCGAAAUCGACACUGCCGUGACCAAUUUGCGAGAGCUCGAGAGACGCAGCCUGAGCCCGGCUCUUCGUGAGCUGGUUCGAGAGUCUCUUGGCUUGUGGACUCGCCUCAAGAGCGUCCACACCAACGGGCAGCUUUGGGGGAUCCUUGCCACCCAGUCGAUCGACAUUGUCUUGGCACUCGUUCCAGCAAACACCGACACACCAGAGUCUGCAAAGCAGGUCCAGAGAUUGAAAGAAAUCCACACCGAGGUCAACCAGUUCAUUGGCAAACAUAUCUUGCACACCCAUGGUACCCAAAACAGCAACUAUAUUGUGGCCAGAAUCGAAUCGUUCAGCAAGCGGUUGGACUUGUGCUGGGCCAGUGUUGCUCUCCACCUUGGAAUCACCGCCCCGAUUCGCUUAAAUCGACUUGCCCUUGAGCGCCUCGUCAAUGAGGCCACUAUACUCCGGGGCACUCCCAGGAUCCCGGGUGAGAACCUCAAUUCGAAGCAAGAAGCCAUCCCUGUUGUGGAAGAAUCUGGCCAAAACCGACCUGGUAGUCACGCCCUCAAGUACGCUGGCAUCGCGGCUGCGGUCAUAAUUCCAGCGGUUGCCGUCCCUCUCGUCGCCCCCGCUGCCAUUGCGGCGUUCGGCUUUGGUGCAGGUGGAGUCGUUGCUGGCUCACUUGCCGCUGGUACGCAAUCGAUGAUUGGCAAUGUUGCUGCAGGGAGCAUCUUCUCGCUCCUCCAGUCAGCGGGAGUCAUUGGUUUCUCUGCCGCUGCCAACACUGGUAUGGCAGCCGCUGGAGCAGCCGCGGGUGCUACAGUCUAUGGAGCCGCCAAGGCAGCAACUCCAUCCAAUGAUAAAUAA